AUGGAAAAAAGGGGAAUCCUUAUCAACGACAAUCAUGCGAAUGGAAAUCUCUGUCUGUUUCAAGAAAAUCCGGAAGAGAUUCAUAUGCUGUUAGGAGCGGACACCGCAGCACAAUUGUUCACUGAAAGAAUUGAACAUUUUGCGGGGGAUUACGUAGCCUUUGAGACUAAGUUAGGCUGGACAUUAAUGGGCAAGAUUAAAGAGAAUGCGAAUACGUCGAGUUCCCUGUCCGUUCUUUCUUUAUCCUUACAUGUUUCCGAUACAAAUUUGUCCAAUCUUUGGCGUUUAGACACCUUGGGGAUUUCAAGCGAGGAAAACAAAACGAAAAGUGCCUUGGAAGAAGAAACUCGAAAACAUUUCUUAAAAAGUGUAAAACGAGAUAGUUCAGGGAGAUAUGAGGUAACCUUACCCUUUAUUUUAGAUAAAUCCGUCUUAUCCAGUAACCGUACUAUGGCAGAAAGACACCUCGUCAAAAGCGAAAGUAAACUAAUUAGCACACGCAGAAGAAAAGAUUACGAAGAAAUAUUUGAUGAGUGGGAAGCGAAGGACAUUAUUGAGGUAGUAACUGAGGAAAAGGAGGAAGGAGUGCACUACUUGUCACACAGACCUGUAAUAAAGGAGUCUAGUGAAACUACAAAGAUACGGCCUGUUUUCAAUGCAUCUGCACGUUCUAAGAAUUCACCCUCUCUCAAUGAUUGUUUGAGAGUGUCAUCUGACAUCGAAAAGGCCUUUUGUCAAAUCAAAAUAGCAGAAAAGGAUAGAGAUUUUUUAAGGUUUCUAUGGUUCGAUAAUCAACAUAAGUUUAAAAUUUACAGACAUAACCGAGUUGUUUUUGGACUCACAUCAAGUCCGUUUCUGCUAGCCGCUACACUUAGUCACCUUUUGACUACAGUCCCAGAAAAGUUUGUAGAAACUUCUAAUAUUUUGAAGGAUUCAUUUUACCUCGAUAAUUCGUUAAUUAGCUUAAAUCACGUAGAUGAAGCCGAAAAUUUCGUUCAAGAAGCAAGAUUGAUUUUGGCUUCAGGGCAUUUCAAUUUGAGAUGUUGGCGAUCAAAUUUUCGCAUUGACAUGAUCGAUGAGAUAGAGAUAGAGAGCAAGACGAAAGUUGUCCCAGUAUUAGGAUUAGUAUGGGAUUUAGAAAAAGAUAGUUUGAGUUGCAAGAUCGAAGAAACAUUUAACUUGAGGGAACCUAUUACCAAAAGAAAAGUUUUGUCAAUUACCCAGAAAAUUUUUGAUCCCAUUGGCUUUACUGCACCGAUAACUGUAAUUCCUAAGCUAAUUUUGCAAGAAACAUGGAACCAGAAGAUUAAGUGGGAUGAAGAUCUUCCUCUUCCCCUAAGUGAGCAGUUUGGGACUUGGUUGAACCAAUUGCCUCUGCUAUCUCAGAUUGAAAUUCCUCGUUGGUUAAAUAUUGAUUACGAAAACGAAGAUACCGUAGUGCUCCACGUUUUUUCGGAUGCUAGUAAAAGAGCCUAUGCCACAUGUGCAUUUUUAAGAGCUGAAACCAUCGAAGGUGUAAAGGUUCAGUUAGUAAGCGCGAGAAGUCGAAUAGCCCCUAUUAAAGAACUUACGAUUCCACGGCUUGAACUUCUUUCCUGUCUGAUAGGUGCCAGGCUUGCCAAAACAAUUCUAUCAGAUUUGAAACUUAAGAAUUGUAGAACAGUGUUCUGGAGUGAUUCUUCUACAGCUUUGGGGUGGAUAAGAAGGGAUCAAGCAUGGGGUACGUUUGUUCACAAUCGAGUACAAGAAAUAAGAUCGCUUACCAGAAUAUCUGACUGGAGGCAUGUACCUGGAAGUUUAAACCCAGCGGAUCUCCCAUCGAGAGGAUGUACUAUUGAGCAAUUACAGAAAUCGGCAUGGUGGGAGGGCCCAUCGUGGCUUUACUUACCAGAAGACGAGUGGCCCCAUGUAGAAGAAAAGCCUGAUGAGAAACGAACUUAUAAACAAAGAAAAAAGGAAAACGAUUCUGACUCUUCUAGAUCAUGGAGACAAUUUGGACCGAUACUACAAAUACUUCUCUUCAUAUAG